AUGGAGAUCGAAAGCCGAGUCGAACUACCUGACGGACAUCUCGUGAACCUCUCACCUCGACCUCAUAACCACGGCCAAUACCAGGCAUACCGUGCCGACUACGCAACCGAGCUCUCUGCAAACUCUCCUUCCCGAUACCACUUCUACGACAAUCGUGCUGAAUCCGCAUCACCCAGAGGUUCAGAGGACACGAUGUUUCACAAAGCAAAAGCUACCAAGCUUCCAGUCCCAAAGACCUUUGCUGAUAAGGGAAGGGACCAGAGGAAUCAAACCCCUAGCCCUACCGCAAUCCCCAAACCAUCACCGACAAACUUUUCCUCCGGGGGAUCUGGGGGCCCGCCUAAUCAGUCUGGAGACCGCAACCGAGAACACACAUGGAGAAGAUUGAAGGAUCGAUUCGAGAAAGACUCAUCCCCGUUAUCUCAAAGGUCAUCCUAUGUUCGGUCCAGAAACAGUGACCAGAGUGGCUCUCCAGAUCCUUCAAAUGCAAAGAAAUCGAAUAAGGACAAGCCUGCUAGCCGCGCUGGCCGCUCCGCUAUUCCCAGCCCGCCAGCCAACAGAAGUAUUGCGCAUGGUUCACGCCAAAGGUUGUCUGUCAAUGCGGAAAGCAAGAAACAAUGGACCGAUCACGAUUCCGACAACGCCCAUCAGAAGCCAGGAAGAUUCGACACCACAAACUCAGGCCCAGAUUCUCAAUCAUCGAUAUCUCCCGUCUCAGCGGGUGAAUCGGUGGCAGACUGGGAGGACAGAUUUGUUGUUCACAUGCCUUCUGCGAAAGAUCCAAAUCCACCUACGAUGACCACUCAGCAAAUUUCUGAAUAUCAGAAGAGCAUAGAGCGGAAGAAACGAGAACGUCGUCGAGGUCGAGUAUCUGAUAUCAGUGUAGCCCCCAGCUCACGCAAUGUGUCUGCGGAAAGGGAUAACAGCUCACAACCGCCUCAAAAGCCACAGCCAGAGCAAAGGACAGAGACCUUCAAGACUUACAAUGGUCGACCAUCUCAGUCUCAGCCAGAAGCGGAUCGACAACAAGCGACACCUUCUCAGCCCCAAAACUCCCUAUCCCCGGCGCAACUACUGAACAACUAUUACAGCCCGGAAGAGAUCGGCAAGAACAGGAUCAGCACAAUAUGGGAAGAGUCUUCUCCAUCGAAACCUAGAGACAAACGUCCAGGGAAUGAUGGUUCUUUUUUAGGCUGCAAGGAAAUCAAUGGACCCGGCACCAAAAAUCCAGACGAAAUUCUUCUAUUUUCGUCCGCUCAAGAGGCCGAAAAUCUUCAACCUCGCCCUCUCGCCAAGCAGCAGAAAGCGGACGCCGGGAACAAUGCUAUUCAAGAGGAGUGGACAGAAAUUUCUCAGAAUUCGAAGCAUGCCCAAUGCUGGAAGCUGUCAUCCAAGAGCCUGUGUCAGGAUCCCAAUUGCUCGGAUCACGAGAUCGAGAGAGCGGACUCCCAGGGAUCGAGCAAAGAAAACACCCAUCCGAGACCGAGUUUCGAGAGCGCGAAAGAGCAUCCCGAAGACAUUCGCGGGGAAGACGAUGUGUUCAUUAUCACACCCACUGUCACCCGUACAAUGCUCCCUUCCUCGGUCUCGGAGAAAAAGGCCCUCAAUCUCAAGACCCAAGGGUUGCGACGUCCCGGUGGUACUGGCCAGUUGGGCACAGGCGAGGCCGUGAAGGCCGUCCGGGCAAAGGCUCAAGUCGUCUCCACACCUUCUGGGUUGCGACCAGCCGGAGGAGCCUCGCAGACGAAAUCGAUAGCUCCAUCAACACCAUCAUCCAAAACCCCAGCGUCCCUGAGCAACGCCCAAUCGCGAACCACUCCAUCCAAGAGAACCCCGUCCAAAGAAACACCCUCCAAAGACGCUCGGUCCAAAGAAACGCCGACAAAAGAGACCCAGUUGGAAGAUACCCCAUCGAAAGAAAAUCCACCCAAGGCCAAGAACGACCAAGAGAAAACCGGCAAUCAACCAGCAAGCACUAUCCGUGGAUUCAUCCGUACCUCCGGACUAGGACGGUCAGGCGGCAUCGUUAGGUCUCCCACCGACAGUCUGGCCACAAUUCUACGCAAUGGCACCGAGUCCCUGCGUAACAGAGCCGAGUCCUUCCGUAAUGCCAAUGGAUCUCUCUAUUUCAGCAGUCGCAAGGGAUCUCCUGUAUCCCUAAACUCGGCGCCAUCCAGGGACAAUUCAGAAUCCUCACGGUCCGAGAGAUCUUUCAGGUCGGCGUUGUCUUCAGUGAAGGACACACCACCAUGCUCCGCCAAGCCGUCGCCUGUCAAGAAAUCUUCUCCAGCCGCGAAGCGCGUUUCUAUCGACAAAGGACCUCCGCAGGAGAUAACUCCUCCCCGUGAGUCGAGACUUCCUCGCCAGAACAGUCCUCCACGCCAGAAAACCCCAACACCACAGAGGGCCAAGGUGUCUUCCAGAGAAACGUCUCCUUCGGCGGAUGAUCCGCGUCUCGCAGCCGAGAGACAGGCACGCGCAGAGAGACUUGAGAAAUUCAAGGAAGAGGCACGCUUACGACGGGCAACUAGAAUGGCUGGAGGUGCGAACCCAGAUAAUCUCGCAGACAAGUCCAUCGACGAGAAGGAAAUUGCUGAAUUGGAUGGCCAUCAGGUAACCGGUUCCAAACCCAAAAGAUAUCUCCACCCCAACAUCACGGAUGUCUGUGAUGAUUUGCGCGAGGGACUGCAUCCAGGAGAUAAAAAUGAUUCCAUCAAAGAAGGAGCCAAUGCUCUAGCCCUCUCGAUGGUUUUCGAAAUCAUCGUCAUGGCCAUCACGCAAAUGCACAAGGCCGUUCACAACGGCACCGACAGCCAAUACGCAAAGGUCCUGAUAAACAACGUUCUCAACAUGGCUCGGCACUGCUACCGCGUCUUCACCCGUGUUUAUCGGGUUAUCUCAGACUAUCAAGCAACAGGCAAAUGGCCUCGGGCCAAGAACGACAAGGCCAUCAGUGGCUUUUUGAUGGAGCUACUCCAGGCCGUUCUGUACCUUUUUGUCCUCGGAUUCGGGGCCUUGGUCGUUGGACGUGCGGCAAGCUACGUUCUUCUUGUUGGGAGCUGGAUGCUAUGGUUUGCCAAACCAUUUGCCUGGGCGGUCCAGGGUAUCGGCCGUGCUCUGGUGAUGUGA